GGACCAAAACCUAAUAAAGACCCAAAACAUUAUUUGGUUGGGAACUGACUGGAUUGGUCCGAUACUCUCCCAGUUCCAAACCCACCGGAGGUGUGUAGAUUGCAGAGCAGCAAGCAAAAGUUUCUAGCCCAAAACGAAUCUUGAAAAUGGCAGAAGCUGCGAAAAACCCAGUGGGUCAGCAGCAGAAAAUCAUUGUGCCCAACAAACACGGUGAAAACCUUGUGGGAUUGUUACACGAAACCAGUUCCCCGGACCUUGUAAUCUUAUGCCAUGGUUUUCGAUCCACCAAGGAAAGCUCUGUUAUGGUGAACCUUGCUGUUGCACUGGAAAAUGAAGGGAUUAGUUCCUUCCGUUUUGACUUUGCCGGAAAUGGGGAUAGUGAAGGCACCUUUCAGUAUGGUAACUAUUGGCGAGAGGCUGAUGACUUGCACUCUGUGGUCGAAUACUUCUCUAGAGAAAAACGUGCACCCAGUGCAAUUCUUGGACACAGUAAAGGAGGUGAUGAUGUGCUCCUGUAUGCUUCUACGUAUCAUGACAUUCGUACGGUUGUCAAUGUUUCUGGACGUUAUGAUCUGAAGAAAGGCAUUGAAGAACGCUUGGGGAAAGACUAUAUGGAAGUAAUCAAGAAGGAAGGAUUCAUUGAUGUUAAGAAUAAGUCGGGAGCUGUUAUUUAUCGUGUGACCGAGGACAGUUUGAUGGAUCGUCUAAGUACUGAUAUGCACGAAUCAUGCCUUCAGAUUGACAAAGAAUGCCGGGUGUUGACAAUCCAUGGAACUGCCGACGAGAUCAUCCCCGUUGAAGAUGCAUUAGAGUUUGCCAAGAUAAUACCUAACCACAAAUUACAUCUUAUAGAAGGCGCUAAUCAUUCGUACACCUCGCAUCAAGCCGAGUUAGCAUCGGUUGUCUUGGACUUCAUUAAGGCAGCUCUGCAGCAGGACAAGGCUACUUCCAACUAGACACAUAAAUUUUUCAACGAGUCAGGGCUGGGUGGAUUCCUUAUCUCGAUGUAGUUUGAUGCAUACAUUCUCAUGCUUUGCCGCAAGUUUGUGUUUUCGCUUCGUUCUGUGACAUUAAAUACAGAACUAGAUGAACACGAUGCAUGCCAUUGCAUCACGAUUUGAGUUGUUACCUCAGAAUUUGGUAUAACCAUUGAAUUUAUACCUCAAACAUCAAUAAAAAGGCAGAGAACAAUGUUAGCAA